CCAGUAGCUGCUUGCUCUUCCUUUCGGAGCCUUUUUUCUUCCUGAGAGCAUGUCUGGACGUGGGAAAGGCGGCAAAGGGCUGGGGAAGGGAGGCGCCAAGCGCCACCGAAAGGUUCUCCGGGACAACAUCCAGGGCAUCACAAAGCCCGCCAUCCGCCGGCUCGCCCGACGAGGUGGUGUCAAGCGCAUUUCUGGGCUCAUUUAUGAAGAGACCCGGGGAGUGCUGAAAGUUUUUCUGGAGAACGUGAUCCGCGAUGCGGUGACUUACACGGAGCAUGCCAAGCGCAAGACGGUCACCGCCAUGGACGUGGUUUACGCGCUGAAACGCCAGGGUCGCACCUUGUACGGCUUCGGCGGUGCAGAUACGUGGCUGCUUGCUCUUCCUUUCGGAGCCUUUUUUCUUCCUGAGAGCAUGUCUGGACGUGGGAAAGGCGGCAAAGGGCUGGGGAAGGGAGGCGCCAAGCGCCACCGAAAGGUUCUCCGGGACAACAUCCAGGGCAUCACAAAGCCCGCCAUCCGCCGGCUCGCCCGACGAGGUGGUGUCAAGCGCAUUUCUGGGCUCAUUUAUGAAGAGACCCGGGGAGUGCUGAAAGUUUUUCUGGAGAACGUGAUCCGCGAUGCGGUGACUUACACGGAGCAUGCCAAGCGCAAGACGGUCACCGCCAUGGACGUGGUUUACGCGCUGAAACGCCAGGGUCGCACCUUGUACGGCUUCGGCGGCUGAGCAGUCCCUGCGGUUUCUCUUCAAACCCCUAAAGGCCCUUUCAAGGGCCCCCA